UAUUUCCAGUGGUCCGACACAAAAACCAGGCAUCUUUAUCAGCAAUGUUAAACCGGGUUCUCUUUCAGCUGAGGUGGGCUUAGAGGUUGGUGAUCAGAUUGUUGAAGUAAAUGGAGUGGAUUUUUCUAAUGUGGAUCAUAAAGAGGCUGUCAGAGUGCUCAAAAGUAGUCGUACUUUGACUAUCUCUGUGGUGGCUGGUGCUGGAAGGGAGCUGUUCAUAACUGAAGAAGAAAGACAGAGAGAAGCACGUCUUCGUGAGCAAGAACGUCAGGAGUUAAUGCAUCAGAAGCGACUUGCACUGGAGACUAACAAAAUCAUCAAAGAGCAGCAAGAGAAAGAGAGACUAAGAAAACUGGAGAUUUCCCAGAAGGCUGCAGAGGAAGAAGAGAGAUAUCGCAGAGAAAUAGAGCAGAUAACAGCAGAAGAAGAGAAAUUUAAAAAGGAGUGGGAAGAAGACUGGGGUCCUAAAGAACCUCCCAAAUCCCUAAAAAUUGUAACUGCAGAAGUGCACUCUGCCCCUCGUUCCAAACACAAAACUUUUGGAUGGUUUUAUCGGUAUGAAGGAAAAUUUCCCACAAUCCGCAAGAAAGGGAAAGAAAGGAAGAAGUCAGAAAGUGACAGUCUGUGUGAACAGAAGAAGAAUAAAAAGGAAAUGGAGUUUGAGCAAAAACUUGCCAAAGAGAAAGAAGGAAUGUUGGAGAAAGAAAAACAACUGAAAAUAAAUCGUCUUGUGCAAGAGGUAUCUGAGACAGAACGAGAAGACCUGGAAGAAUCAGAAAAGGUGCAGCACUGGGUGGAAAGACUUUGUCAGACACGGUUAGAACAGAUAUCCUCUGUGGAGAAUGAGUCUCCUGAGUUGCCAAGUGGACGUCCUUCCGCUUCUCCUUCUGCCACAUCAAUGCGGCGUUUUGCUGGUGGCCUGCAGCUUCAUACCACUGAUCUUGAUGAUAUAAACUUAGAUGAAGUUGACAAGCCUAAGCAACGUGUGGCACCACCUCCACCACCACCCCCCACUGUUACUCCAGCAUCAGCUCAUCCGCUUCCUACAUCGAAUGUUCCACUUGCAAGAGGUCCAACCCUGGCAGUAACACCAGCUUCCCAGCAACUUGCUCCAAGUCCACCUACCCAACGACAUCCAGGGGUACCAAUAGUCUCUAAACCAGUCAUGCUGCAUCCUGACCCAAACUUUAUGGUCAGGCCAACCAUCAAAUCAGAGGCCCUGCCACAAGAGAUGUUUAAAAGGAUGGUGGUUUACAAUUCAUCAUUUAGAUCUAACAAAAAACAAGGCUUCCAGAAAUAUUUGGAAGAUUUUGAUCCAUAUUCAAUGUUUACCCCAGAGCAGAUUAUGGGAAAAGAUGUACGGCUAUUACGGAUUAAAAAGGAAGGAUCAUUAGACCUUGCAGUCGAGGGAGGAAUUGAUUCUCCAAUUGGAAAGAUAGUCGUGUCUGCCAUCUAUGAGGGUGGUGCUGCAGACAAACACGGAGGCAUAGUGAAAGGGGAUGAAAUACUAGCAGUAAAUGGCAAGAUAUUAAUUGAUAGCAGACUGGCAGAAGCACAGGCAACCCUAGCAAAAGCUUGGAACGUGGGUGGGGAUUGGAUUGACUUGGUCAUUGCAGCAUCACCUCCAAAGGAAUACGAUGAUGAAAU